AUGAAGCUGCUUGUUGUUGUUUGUCUUGUGUCGGCUGCGUCUGCUAUACCUUUCCUGGGUACAGUUCAAUCAGUAGCUGUGAUGGGACAUCUCACAUGCAACGGCAAACCAGCAGAAAAUGUAAAGGUGAAGCUGUACGAGAAGGAAGUCUUGCUUGAUAAACUGCUCGAUGAAAAAUUCACCGACUCAAAGGGCUUCUUUGAGAUGGCCGGAAGCAAGAAGGAGCUCACUACCAUUGACCCUAAAGUGAACAUCUACCACAAGUGCAAUUACGAUGGAAUAUGCUACAAGAAGAUUUCUGUGAAGAUCCCUAAGAACUUCGUUACGGAAGGAGAAACAGCUUCCAAGGUAUUCGACAUUGGAGAGCUCAACCUGGCUGGCAGUUUCUCUGGGGAGAGCACGGACUGUAUCAACUGA